UAUCUUAUCGCGAGAGUUCAUGUUCGAUGCGACGCUUCUCUGUCAAGAUGGAGGCGACCAUGGCGGAGCAUGUUGUGGCAGAUACUGGCGCAUUUAUUAAAAGGGCUUCUCUGCAAGAAUUUGGAAAGAACAUUUAUACCUUGAAGGAUGUUGUUGAUGAAAUUAGGGAUAAACCAACUAAAAGGAGCUUGGCUUUUUUACCAUACAAGCUCAAUUUCAAAGAACCAUUUCCAGAGCAUGUACGAUUUGUGACAGAAUUUGCUAAAAAGACGGGAGACUAUCCCAGUCUUUCAGCAACAGACAUCAAGGUCUUGGCUCUGACUUAUCAACUGGAAAUAGAGAAUGUAGGAACUGACCAUUUGAAGAACGAACCUGAGAAAAAGGUCCAAAUAUGCAGUACACAAAGACAUCCUGAGACUCCUGUUGGCAUUGCUGGUUUCCAUUUACCAUCAAAAUCAAGUAAACCAGGUACUGUUGUCCAAAGCCCACCUAGAAUGAAUGAGCCACGAGACCCUGACGGUUCACAAUUCAACAGCUUUCAGUUUUGGAGGAGUCCUCUGCCCAGCAUUGAGGCUGAUCUUCUGGAAAUGCUGGCGGUUGACGCCAUCACAGUUACAAACAAACUAGAGUCUGUUGAUCUGUCCACUGACAGCUGGGCAGCUGAAUCUGAAGAACAUGAUGGCACUAAAGGAGACCAACAUGAGGAAGAAGGAGAACAAAGCAGUGAUGAUAGUGCUGAGGAGGAGGAGGAAGGAGAGGAGGAUGGUGGAGGUUGGAUUACUCCCAGCAACAUAAAGCAAGUCCAGAUGGAUGCUGGAAACGGGGGACUCUCAGCAGAUGUCAAAGUGGGCUGCGUGACUACUGACUUUGCCAUGCAGAACGUUCUGAUUCAGAUUGGACUGAAUGUGCUGUCUGUUAAUGGCAUGCUCAUUAAAAACACCAGGAACUUCAUUCUGCGCUGUCAUGCCUGCUUCAAGACAACAACAAACAUGAACAAAUCUUUCUGUCCAAAUUGUGGGCAUGACACCUUGAGGAAGGUUGCAGUCACCAUAAAUGGGGAUGGAACCAUGCAGAUGCAUUUUUCCAGGAAUCCCAAAGUGCUGAAUCCAAAGGGGAAGAGAUACUCUUUGCCUUUGCCACAAGGAGGAAAACAUGCCAGCAACCCCCACCUGGUGGAAGAUCAACGUUUCCCCCAGCAGAGGUUGUCUAAAAAAGCUCGCCAGAAGACUGAUGUGUUUGACCCAGAUUACCUGGCUGGCAGCUCACCGUUCUCUGAGCAUGACAUCUACAGCAGGUCAGCCAACUUACACCUGCGGGACACCCAGACCGGAGGAGGAGGAGGAGGAGGAGGACGACGACGGACAAAUCCGAACGCAGCACGCAAAAAAUUCGUUAAGAAGUGAUUGUGUUCUCACACUACCUGCAGAAUUUGGACUGAAAGCCAGAAAUGUUGAAUUCAGAAAAAGAAAAUUGAAGUAAAAUGUUUUACAGUGAUUUAUCUAAA